GGCCUCCUGCUUCCAGAGAGGCCGUGUUUUCCGGCGGGCCCAGCCUGGGAAGCAGAGGCCACGAAGCCACAAGGAGGCGGAGGGGGCAGGGGGCUAGGGCUGGACAACCAUGGGACACAGCCGCCACCGAUCCGGGACACUUGGGCCCGCAGAGGCAAAGGCAGGACCGAGUGAGGGCAGAAGCUCCCCAGGGCCCUGGCUGGGCCAGGCGAGGCUGGAGCGCAGCCUCCUCCUCCUCGGAGCACAGGGCGCUCCCCUCCCUGGAGGCCCAGGCUGCACUGACGCCAUCACCUCUGGCCCUCGGGCCUGCUUGUCAUCCUUGUCUCGGAGCCCAUUUUCCUGGCUGCAGGAGGUGACAGCCCACCUUGCCACAUGCAGUCCAGGAGACAGCAGAGGACAGCGCGACGGCUCCCGGAGUCCCCUCCACGGCCCUGUGCCCUGGAGGACCGGGGGGUCGGACACAGGGACUCGGCGCCCUGGGUGUCCUGGCCGUCUCUGUGGGGCUGUUGCAGGGCACCUGAAACGCGGGGAUUUACCAGGGACGGAGGUUCAGGCCUCACGGCUCCGGAGGUGGAAGCCCUCCGGCUCCCACGGUGAGAGGUGGAGGAAGAGGAGGGAGAGGCGGGAGAGGGGAGGCCAUGGUCGUCCUUUCCUCAGGAGCCUGCUCUGUCAGAACAGCGUCCACCCGAUGAAGCAGAGGCCUCCCAGCCUGGCCAGCACUCAACACUGUGCUAACCUGGACGGGAACUCCGGACAUCCGACCACAGGGGCCGAGCACGCCAACUUCCGGUGCAUGGUCGUCCUGGCAAGCACUGCACGGAGCCUAGGGCCAGGGUGGUCACAGACGUUUGCUCCAGCAGGUGACAAUGGGACCUCUGAGGACGGCCGAUGGCCUGAACCCUUUACCAGGCUGCAGAGCCCCCCUGGACUUGCCCUGUGAGCCCGUGUGGACACAGUCCGACAGGUCUGAAUGCCUCGCGUUUCCUGCGGCUGCUGGGGUUGGCGUGGCUGUGGAAAGAGCUGGGGAGAGCACAGUGACUUCUUUGACGGGGACGAGAAUUCACUGAGCUUCAGCUGGGUCUCACUAUCGUCUGCAUAUAGUUUUGUGGAAAAACUAAACUUCCAGUACUUUCCCAAACAGGGCACAACAGGACACACGGCGGUGGUGCUCAUCUCUGUGACUGUCGCUUUCCUUUCAGAAAGCACAGGGCCUGAGUGUCCGCCUGACACCGUGUCGCCCGCACCCCUACCGGGGAAGGGGAAGGCGAGGGGGCUCCAGCUGUGUCGUGGCUGUGUCUGGAUGUCCCCAAAGCCUCACGCAGACAUGGGGCCAGCUUUUUGGAGGCAGCUGAACUUCGUUUGUAAUGGAUUCACCAUCUAGUGCUGGGAUUACGGUGUGAGGGCUGCACCCGCCCUGGGACAGGCAGCCUGCA